UUAGUUUCGAGACUCGUGAAUGGAAAAAGCAAUGUUGGAAGAAUUUUCUCUCCGAAAGAAGACCGACCCGACUCGAUGUGGAUUAAUCUGAAUGCAAUAUAUUUAUUACACCCCGUGUGCAGUAGAAAAAAGAAAAAGAAGUAAAAGAAAGCAAUGGUAGUUCUCCUUUAUUAAGGAGCCAAACUCUUUAUUGGCCAUGAAGGGGAGAUACUACCCAUACUGCUCUCUUAUGGAAGCUAGGGUGAAAAAAUGGGGACUCGUGGUUGUGGAAGGGAUGGAUGGGAACUAGACAGGUGAUCCAAAAAAGGAGGAAAGUGGCUAGUAGGAAAUGGGUGCUCAAUUAAUAUUUGGGCUGAUAGGUGGAUCCCGGUGCUCAAUUAAUAUUUGGGAUCCCGGAAACUUGUUUACGAGGCCCAUAAGCAAAUGAAGUCAACAAACAGAGGUUUAGUAAAGUGGUCCGGCUGAUAAACCCUGUUUCAAAGAGGUGGGAUACUCAGAAGCUGGAGCAAAUGUUUGAACCUGAGGAAAUACAAAUGAUCCAAUACAUACCUCUAGCCUUAGCAUCUAUGGAGGGGUGGAUCAUUUAGUAUGGCAUAAAGAUAGAAAAUGUAUGUUCUCAGUAAGCUCAGCCUAUGAAGUUGCAAGUAAUUUGAGAGAGGAGUUAAGGGGAAAUACAGGCUCAAGUAGAGGAGCUGAGAGGGAUAGCAGAACUUGGAAGCGUACAUGGGCUCUUAAAAUCAAAGCUAAACUAAAGCACUUUGUGUGGAGGGUAUACAAAGGUUGGAUAGCUGUGAAUUCUGCCCUGAAUAAGAGGGGAAUUAAAGUGGAUGAGCAGAGUAAAAGGUGUGGAGAGGGACUUGAAAAGAUUGAACAUGUUUCCUUUCAUUGUAGGAAGUCAAUUCUGAUCUGGAAAAUGUCAUCAGUGCAAUGGGAUGGGAUCCAACACCUGACAGAGUCAUUUCCAGACUGGUGGGACAAACUUCGCGAAGCUCGAGCGAGUGAAGAUUUUACUGCUAGAUUGGAGAUCUCUGUGUAUACUCUUUGGCAAAUCUGGAAAUCGAGGAACUCUUGGCUGUUUGAAGAAAAGGAGACUGAACCGCUGUUGAUAGCUCAGAGGGCAUUAAAUGAAUGGAAUGAAUUCAAGCCGGUUCAUCCCCAGACCAAUGUGCCAACACAGUCAAUCUCAUCAGAGGAAGGAACACAAGGAUGGAGGUGCCCAGAAUCUGGAAUGGUGAGAAUUAAUGUAUCCUCUUUUAGAGGUGCUUCAAAUGGAGGAACAGGAAUUGGUCUGGUGAUGCGCCAUGAGAAUGGUGGGCUGGUGCUAGCCAAACCCUCCUUACUGGAAGCUACUCAAAGUUCCCUUUCAGCUGAACUGGAAAGCAUUCGGAUGGGGCUGCAAGAGGCUCAAGGGAGAGGACUGAAAAAGGUGGAAAUGCAGAUUGAUGAAAUGAAUAUCGUUAUGUGGCUGCAGAGGCAAAUCAGACCUAUUGCGGAGGUCAUGGCGAUAGUCGAUGACAUCUAGCUUCAAUCUGGUUAAAUUAGCUAUCUCUAACAAUUGUUCUCAGUGUUGGAAAUCAUCAUCCCCAGUGUGGUUAGAAGCAGCAUUUAUGGCCGAUUACAGUUAGCCCAACUUAGGUCGUUUGUAUCUACUUUACUCAAUCUCUUGAUUUUCUUUAAUACAAAAAUGACGAUCGCUUUUGGCCAA